AUGCAGCUCCCACAGGCCAUCAAGACUGUCUCAUUUUUUGUGCCGAAGUUCCACCUACCCGCCCAUAUCGAGCAGUGCCAAACAUUGUUUUCAUUUAAUUUCAAGAGCAGGGUAGGAAGGACUGAUGGAGAGGCACCAGAAUGUGGCUGGGCGAACAUCAACCCUGUCGCUUCAAGCACAAAAGAAAUGGGUCCUGGUGCACGGCGAGACACCCUCAACGACUACUUUGGAGACUCAAAUUCGAAAAAGAUUGUUGGACUUGACAAAUAUGGUGCCACCCUCGAACAAUGGCGGGAGCAGGUAGAGGCUUGGGAGCGUGAUGCUGUGCAACUCAAUCCUUUCGAACGAAAGGCAGAAACUCUUACCAUGGCUUCUGUAUGGCUGGAGCUGGCUAGGGAGGACCAGGUUGACCUUCAAAUGGGGACUUGCCUUGCCCUUGAUGAGGACUGCACCCCUAGUGUGUUGAUCAGUACAGGUUUAGAAAUUGAGGAACAGCACAACACUCUCCAACGGAGGAUUGACACCUGGGUGAAGAUGCAGGAAUUAUACAUGCCAUUUCUCGCUGCACUACAUGCAAGUGAGAGUUCUGUAUCAAACAACGUGGCCGUUGCACCAGAAGCAAUUAAGUUAUGGCUGCCAUCCCAGAUCAGCAGGACUGUGGCUUGUGACGCACGCCUCCAAGACAUUGAAUGGAAGCUGCGGUAUGCGCAAGCUCAUGAUGCGCUCCACUCUCUACGCUCAAACUUACGUGCUCAGUCUGCCAUCCUGAAGUACAAAGACCGCAACCUUCGUGGACAAGGAGCGAACACGAGGGCACAGAAUAUGUUGAAAGCUGUUGAAGCGAGGAUCGAGGCCGCUGCCAGCACUUACAAGCAUGCACAUAAAUCACUCGUGGUUCUUGCACCACAAGUGAAUCAGACCCAGUCUGGGUGGCACUUGUCACUGCGGCCGCUAGACCGAGCUGACAUCCACUCAAUGACAGACUUACUAUGGGGAGAAUUGGAGGGAACAAAAAAGUUGUCAUGGAUCUGGAGUAUGCGGGGAGCGGCUCCCAACGAGAUGGACAAGGACAAUACUCUCGAAGAUAUGCGAAUAGAGUGGUGUAAAGCCAGGGCACGGGCGAUGCACUGGGCAGAAGAGGUGGAAUUGUUGAAGGAGGAGAUGCAAAGGAUCCAGCAAUUUUUUGAGUGGGAUGCACAGUGCUGGGAUGAGCGGGGCCUGGGAAAUGCACUACAAGACACAGACAAACGCAAGGGACAGAUGGCAUAUGCGAAAUGUCAAGCUGUUUUACAUUGA